UUGACUCAAUGGCCGAAAGCAAUUUCACCUGCUCCAGCAGUCUCUCGUGGGCAUGUGGCUCAAGCCAAGAGGGCGCGCCCGGGGCACCUCCUAUUGAGGCGAACGGGCCUACAGGCUCACCGCCAAAAGUUGGUGAUACCCCGGCGAAACCCGCUACGCGGGUUACGAUGCUCUUUCGGCCUCUGAACAACCCCACCGGAAGCAUAACGGCUCUGCCGUUUAUCUUCCCGUCAUCAACUUCGGCCAGCGGCCUACGUGGAGACCCCAGAACACUGAUGCACUGGGCCGUCUCCUUCCUCUUCCCAGGAGAAGAAGAGUUCCUCGUCUGUGAGGCCACCAGGGAUGGCCUCACAGGCGAGCUAGUCGGCCAUAGUUCAUGGCGAAACGAGGCAGCAUUGAAAACAAUAGGACCGAGUCAGCGUGCCUUGCCGAGCACGGCCACAUCUUGCACCAGGUGCACCAGGAGCAUCAGUGCACCAGGUGGUUCACCGCAAACCGGAGAGUUGGCAACUUCGAGACGAGCAGCCGACUUAAGUGAACUGCCUGCUUCCAGAAGGCGAUUUCCGAAUGGCAGCCUCCAACUUCAACUUGUCCAGCAAUCUCGGGUCCGGAAGCGGGUCAACCCGUAAUGUACCAGCGACAGAGGCCUUCGAGGUGGAAAGCCCGCCUACAGAUGGACAGCCCCAAACAGGUGAUACCCCGGCGAAACCCGCUACGCGGGUUACGAUGCUCUUUCGGCCUCUAAACAACCCCACCGGAAGCAUAACGGCUCUGCCGUUUACCUUCCCGUCAUCAACUUCGGCCAGCGGCCUACGUGGAGACCCCAGAACACUGAUGCACUGGGCCGUGUCCUUCCUCUUCCCAGGAGAAGAAGACUUCCUCGUCUGUGAGGCCACCAGGGAUGGCCUCACAGGCGAGCUAGUCGGCCAUAGCUCAUGGCGAAACGAGGCAGCAUUGAAAACAAUAGGACCGAGUCAGGUGAAUACGGUGCUGGGCCGAGCGAGCCUGGAACGAGCGUAACGAUGCUAUUUAGCCCACUCAACAACCCCGUGGGCAGCUUCACGGCGUGGCCACUUAACCUCGCGUUAUCGCCACUGACGAGUAGGCUCCGAGGCGACGCUAGGAGCCUAAUGCACUGGGCCGUAGGUUUCGGAUUUCCCGGAGAAGACACUGUUUUCAUCUGCGAGGCGAUGCGCGACGGGCAAACGGGCGAGCUCGUCGCGCAUUCGUCGCGGCGGACAGCCACUGCUGUGGAGGCUACCCGACCGAGAAGGGUAAAGCUGGGAAGCUACCAGGUGACGCAAGACCAGGUACAUGCGGCCCUUAAAGAUUUCGGGGAUCUUGAGCCAUAUGACGUCACCAAAAACUCCUGCCAGACAUUUGUGGUUCAGCUGCUAGAGCGCCUAGGUAUCAACGUCCCAGAUGAUGUUGUGACAUGUCAAGCAGCCGUGGCGAAGUCUCCCGGAAUGAGUAGUCCGGAAUGAGUAUCCCGGAAUGAGUAGUCCCAAGAACCAGCACUCCCAGCGUAACAGCAGCCACCAUAUAUAUUUCUAGUAAAGUGGGCCCGUCUCUGUGUGUGUCAUCUCCGUCCUUCAUUGACGAAUUGAUUUCACGAGUCGUUGUCAACACUUGUCGUGUAAGAAGCAUCGCUUUCUGCAUCAAGAAUGGAUUGGUACCCAUCGAAGUAAGUGCUCUUUUCCGCCAGGCGCUACCGUCCUGGGGGCACACGAAACGAAUUAGCAAGAUCCUCAGGUCCGAGCUGUGGCGCCAAGUUCGCAUGCUUAACGAGCUUCUCCGCACCGCCUGUCAUAUGCAAUAUCCUGCCUGGCUGGCUGAUGGGAACAUUCGGUAUACCAAGAGCUUGGCUUCUCGGAUGACAGAGUAUCUCUGGAUGUGUAGGCUGAACAGUCUGCUCAGGGAAACAAGAAAAGAAGAAAUGUGGGAGUGAUGUAGUUGUGGGGGAUAUCGAUCUACCACAGAAAGUUACAUUGGUUCUCCGGAAAGGACCCAAGUUUGGUAUAGAACCGAAAGUGCCGCCGCAUGAGCUCAUUUCCAUUAAUUGUCGAAUUGCAAGGAAGGCCGAUCCAGUAGAGCAAGAAAAGUGCCUUCUUGAGGGAGUUGACUGCUUGCUCAAUUCUAGCUACCCGGGGCAUACACGGCGAAAGGACAUGUCAACCGGAGCCAUUGUGUCUUUCUUUAGCAAAAAUGGCCUAACGCUUCUCCAAGCCGAUAAGGAAGGCGGAUUUGUAAUCUCGGAUGAUAACUUCUCGAUAAGGGCUGCUCAGGCGAUUAAAAAGAAUUGUUAACCUAUUCCAGUAAAAUCGACAAAAGUCAAUGCCGACGCUGUGGCAAUGUGUGAGCGGCUGGGGUUGGCCAGUCUUGCGGAAGCAAAAGUAAUGCGGCCAGUCUUGCGAAAGCAAAAGUAAUGCGCUGAAGUUGUUCUUUUCAGUAAAACGUAUAACCAAGACCUGCCUUUCAGAACAAUAGUGACAGAAAAAGGGGCAUGGCAGAAGCAACUUAGCUCUUACCUGUUAAAAAAUUUGCGUGAACUAGAUGUACAAGAUCCGUUUUUAACGAAAAGAUCGGGUGAAGUAUUGAAAUUCCUGAGAACUGAAGCUAAUGUAGGCUUUGCCUUUUCUGUGGAUAUUGUUGAUUUAUUUCAUUCUGUUCCCCACGAUGCUCUGUUCUUUGCGGUUAGGGAGUGCAUUGAAAGGAAUGAUCCUAUUUCUUUUCAGAACUCUGCCGGUGUUCCUAUUGACGACUUUUUAAGCCUUUGAAAGUUUUACCUGGAGUCUACUUUUAUUAUGUUUGACCAGCGCUUUCUUCUGCAGAAGGCUGGUAUAUGCAUAGGAUCCUGUGUCGCCCCUGUAUUGUGUAACAUUUUUCUUUCACAAAUGGACCAAGUAUUGCACCAUGUGUUACCAGCUAAUAAAGUUUCAAAAGUGUUUAGGUAUGUAGACGAUUUUUUAAUUAUUUUAGCCAAGGACGGGAGUCUAAACUCCGCAGAGGUUGUGGCUAAUGCUUUAUCCGUUUUUAGACAACAUGGAAAAGGCUUGGAUUUUACACAUGAACUGCCGCAAGCAAACGUUUUACAGUUUUUAGAUCUUAGCAUUGAGUUCGGUAAGGAUCAUGUAUGUUCGUGUUAUGCACCACGUGCGAAGAAAGGGCUUCUGCCAUUUGACUCAGCGCAUUCGAAAUUGGUGAAGAGGGGAAUUGCGUCACUCUGCCGUGAGUCCGCGCUCAGGAAGUCGUGUGUUCACAAGAUUGCAUUGAGUUUCGACAAUCAAUUGGCUAGGCUGGCUUCAGCUGGGUUCCCUGGUUCGCUCCUAACAGGAGUAGCCGAAAGCCUCUCACAGAAAAUGAAGAGAAAGGCGAUGAGAGCUGGAGCAGAGGCCCCUCGGCAAGAGGUGAGACCGGUGGCUGUGCCGUAUGUGCACAAAGUGGCCCACAAUCUGAAGAAGGUAGCGAGCAGACAUGGCGUCCCGCUAGUGUUUUCUGCCCGAAGGAAGCUCGGAAGCCUUUGCUCCCAAAUCGCCAAAAGAAAAGAAAAAAGUGAAAAAUGCUGUGGAACCAAACAUGGGCGACCUUUCAUGAAGUGUGCCGAAGGGGUUGUCUACGAGAUCCCCCUUUCGUGCGGUUGUUCCUAUAUAGGUCAGACCGGGCGCUGUGUUAAUGAGCGUGUCAGGGAGCACGAAAGAAAUGUUGAACAAAUGAAAGAGGGCCCAAAUUCGCCUAAGCACAUCGGGACCUGUCCCUCACGCUCUUGUGAACCACGUUUUUCUGACGUUCGGAUUCUUGCCCGAAGUAAAGAUACUAGAGCAAGGGAACUGGUUGAAGCCUAUCACAUAGGCAAGAAAGGCAGCUUGCUUGUGCGUUAGCGAUACUUGGAUAACAUUAUAUAAGGCCGAGACGAGGUUUCUUGAGCGUGUUGCGCCGUGAAUGUUUGAUUAGAUGCGUGAAUGAAUGUUUGUUUUGUGCGCAUGUGUUGACUGACAGUAUAUAUGUGCCUGCGUUCUGUAAAUAAAACAGUUGCGAGUGGCGCCCUGUCCCGUUCUCUUCUCUUGUGUGUGUCUGUUUAUUUGGCGUCUUCAUAUUUUAUAGUAACAGCCACCCAGUGAAAAAUCGUCGCUCCCAGUGCCUUUCUAGUGCGUGUUCUGCUGGAUUAUGUUCUGCUGACAGACGUGUUCUACUGAUGGAGUAUAGUUGAGCAUUCUUUUCAAGUAGAGCGCCACCAACCCGUGGUGGUGACUGAAAGCAAAGUAUGUGCGAAGCGGGUUACCCGGACUGGCGAACUAGGACUGAACAUGGCACGAAAUAAAUGCAACUGUCGUAUCUCUGUUCAAA